UGUUUAUCCGGCUUGCAUUUUGGUAUAGGGGUAUUAUACGGAGGGGCUCUUCUCGUGGCUACUUGAUCGCAUCUGUCUUAUUCUACGAAUCCGAGGUCCCUGAAAACUGGGUAGAUUCUAUAAACAUUUUUUCAUCGUAUCAAAAGCAUUUCUCGUGGACCAAGAAUCCAUCCGUACGGUAGUCAUCAUGGUCGAAAAUAAAGAAACGUUCACCAUGAAGGAAGUUCCUAUUGAGAACACCAGACGCAUGACGGUUAGGGUCAUUGGCGCUGGGUUCUCAGGAAUUUUGUCUGCCAUCAGGAUCCCAGAGAAAAUAAGAAACGUUGAUCUGGUGGUUUAUGAGAAAAGUGACGGGAUAGGUGGCGCUUGGUGGCUGAAUCGAUACCCAGGGGUUGCUUGCGAUAUCAUCUCACACUCAUACCAAUAUACGUUUGCACCAAAUCCCAAUUGGUCCAAGGUUUAUGCACCCGGUCAGGAAAUCCAAGAGUACCUACAGGGCGUCGCCGAAAGGUUUGGUGCAACGAGGUUCAUCAAGACGUCUCAUGAAGUCAAACAUUGCGCCUGGGACUCCAACAAAAAGAAAUGGAUACUCAAAGUUGCCAAGCUACCAUCUGGAGAGGUUUUCGAGGACGAGACAGACAUACUCGUCACUGCCCGUGGUCAGCUCCACGAGCCUCUCUGGCCAGACAUCCCCGGCCUGGAUACUUUCGAGGGAAAGGUGAUGCAUUCUGCGGAGUGGGAUACGUCGCUUGAUUAUCGACACAAAAAGGUUGGUGUCAUAGGCAUCGGCUCCAGCGCUAUCCAGAUCAUUCCGUCGCUGCAGCGCCUCGACGGCGUAAAGCUCUCGGUCUUUAUGAGGUCAAAAACGUGGAUCGCGCCGAGUUUCGGAAACGAAGCGAUGGCCUCAAUGGGAUUCCAAGAAACCACCACUGAAUUCCCAGAAGAGACCCAAGAUCUCUUUAAAAAAGACCCAAAAGCAUGGCUACGAUUCCGCAAAGCAGUCGAAGACAGCGCCAACAUCCACAGCUUGAUGCUCCCAGACUCGGAACUGCACCGCGCCGUCCGGCAGGGCAUGUACAACAUGAUGCAGGCCCGGCUCGCCAAGCGCCCUGGCCUCUUUGAACGCCUGGUAGCCGAGUUCUCCCCCGGAUGCAGACGCAUCACUCCGGGCCCGGGGUUCCUGGAAGCUCUGACCGAGGACAACGUGGAGCUUAUCGACGACCGUAUCGUGCGCGUGACCGAGACGGGCGUGGUGUUGGCGUCGGGUCGCGAGAUGGCCGAUCUCGACGUGCUCGUGUGCGCGACGGGAUUCCGCACCUCGGACGCGCCGCUGUUCCCCAUUGUCGGACGCGACGGCUUGACUCUGGAGCAGCGCUGGAAGCCGCGCAUGGAGAGCUACCUGUCCGUCGCCGUCGACGGCUUCCCGAACCUACUUAUGCAGUUCGGACCGAGUUCAGCAAUCGGCUUCGGCAGCCUGGUCAAGAUGCUCGAGGCCGAGUGCGACUACGUCGUCAAGGUCAUCCGCAAACUGCAGAGGGAGGACUAUGCCACGAUCGAGCCGAGGGUUGAGCGUGUGCGCGACUUUACCCAGUUCGCAAACGCUUACUUUAGUCGCACCGUACAUAAAGACGACUGCAAGUCUCAGUAUCGCUCCGAGGGCGGUUGGGGCAAGGAAGUCGUCGGCCUCUGGCCUGGUUCACCCCAACACACCGUCGAGGCAUUGCGCUCACCGAGAUGGGAGGAUUUCAUAUUUGAGAGUGCAGACCCGACCGGAAACAUGCUUCGAUGGUUCGGCAACGGCUGGAGUCUGACUGAAACUGAGGGUGAUCCGUCGUGGUACCUCAACCCGGAAGAGGUCGACUUCCCAACUGAAGGCAGACCAGAGGAGAACCCGAGAUACAAGAACCGGCCUUGGUCUUAUUAACCGGUUUGUAUAUAUUCCAUGCAGUUGCAUUAACAGUCGCGUCAUCAUGAGGUAAAUUGGCCUUCCCUAAAUCUUGACACGGUUAUCCCUGCAAAAGAAAAUUUCUUGAAAUCUGUUCCUGUUAGCCAGUUGCGAUAUGGUCCGAGGGGAUUCUACAAUCCAUCUCGGGCUCAGAAAGCUGGAAAUGCGCCGAGCUGGGGUGAUUAAAUUAACUGCAAAAUAUUCCCUAAAAACAAUUCGUGCACGCCAGAUGGACUCCAGAGUAAGACGAAG